AUGGUUGUUGACAAGACUUUAUACAACGUACUUGGAGUUGAACCUUCUGCAACACAAGAUGAAAUUACCAGAGCUGCUCGAAAAAAAGCAUUGGAACAUCAUCCAGAUCGUGGUGGAAGUCAUGAAAUGAUGCAGCAAGUCAAUGCAGCAAGGGAUAUUCUAAGUGAUCCUGAAAAACGUCGAGCCUAUGAUCAGUAUGGACUAAAAGGAAUGCAAUCGAGAAUGGAAAAUCAAGAUUUUCAUUUUCCAGGUUUCCACAAUGACAUAUUUGACAUCUUCAAUCUAUUCGAUCAUGGAUCAACUCAUCGACAUACGACACGAUCAACGAAAGGCGAAGAUAUCAAACAAGUCCUUCAAGUUACUCUGGAAGAAUUGUACGCCGGUAGUACAAGAGUUGCUGUCAUCGAUCGUAAUGUUGUUUGUGAGAGUUGCCGAGGUACUGGUUCUUCUGACGGUGUCACCCGUCGCUGUAUAAAUUGUGAUGGAACAGGAAUGGAAACAUCCAUUCAUCGUGCUGGCCCAUUUAUUCACCAAACACGUCGUGAGUGUUCGGUUUGCCAUGGAAGUGGAGAUAUGACCGAUCCAAAGAAUCGAUGCCGAACAUGUUAUGGAAAGAAAGUCAAUCGAGAAGAAAAAAUUCUCGAUGUAAAUAUUGUACCAGGUGGUGCAGAUUGUGAAACAGUGAAAUUUCACGGUGAAGGUCAUCAGAUUCCGAAUGGCACACCGGGAACGGCGUUUGUUAUUCUCAAACAAGAACCUCACCGACUUUUCGAACGAAGGAAUGAUAACUUAUUUAUGAGAAUGGAGAUCAAUCUCACCGAAUGCCUAUGCGGUUUUCAACGUCUAAUUAAAUCAUUAGACAAUCACGAAAUUCUAAUUGAUCAUCCACCAGGAAAGCCUAUCCUUCCGAAUAGUUAUCGUUGUCUCAAAGGCUAUGGAAUGCCGAAUAGAAAUACACAUUCAUACGGUGAUUUGAUCAUUCAAUUUGAUGUGAAAUUCCCCGAUGAAACGAACUUUCAUCUAACUGAGAGUCAACGUGUGCAAUUAGAAUCAAUUCUUCCAGCGAAAAAACGAAUUCAAUUGAACAAUACUCAGCGCUAUGAAAAACCCGAAAUGAAUGAAUACUAUAUGAAUAGAGAAGAUUUCAAACGUAAUCACCGCGGAGACAACGACGACGACGACGACGAUGCUGAGUCUCACUAUCACAGACAAGGUGUUCAAUGUCAUCAACAAUAA